UGAUCAGUCAUUGCCAAUCCACGCCGCCGGCUCACCGACACAAUCACCCUACAAUUGAAAGGAUGUUGUUUUGGUUCGUUCUCAAUAGAAACCGGCCGUGUUCGCGGAUAUUAAAGAAUUAUAGUGUUUGAAAAAAAUAAAUACGUAGCAUGUAGCAACAUACUCGAGAAAUUGUUAAUUUUUACUAGUUACGUGCGUGCCAAAUGUGAUUUUUUAAACAAAAAUCUAUCACUAUUGAGUGUUGGACUAGAACUUUUGACAUUAAUGAAAAUGACGAGUAUUUUAACUUGUUAUUUAAUUGUGUACUAACAAACAAUAAGUUAAAAAAUAUUUAAAUCAUUAAAUUCGGUUUUCGGGAAACUAAAAAAGGAAUAGCGUAUGCAUUAAAUUAAAAUGGAACAAAUAAAAUAUACUGAACUAGAUGAUGUAUUAAGUAAAUUCAGCAUCUUCGGUCGUUACCACAUCGAAUUGCUACUGUACUUAGCAUUUGCUUACGCAUCGAAUUCGAUGUAUUGCUCCAAUUACAUAUUUGCGGCAGAAAAAAUAGAGUACAGGUGCACAGAUCCAUUAUACAACAGCUCGUCUGAAAGAAACACAAGUAGAUGCUUAGAAUGGUCCUACGAAGAUCCUCAUUCGUUUGUGGCAGAAUUUCAGAUUGGCGAUCAAGAAUGGAAACGUACGCUGGUUGGGACAGCACACAGUUUCGGCUAUAUGAUCGGUCUACUGCUCAUAGGACCCAUAUCUGACAGGUUAGGCAGAAAGAAAGCGAUAGUUAUAACGGGAGUUCUUGGCGGUGCCUUCGGGUUAACCAAAAGCUUCACUUCAUGGUAUUGGGUCUACAUUGCACUGGAAUUUCUUGAAUCAGCUCUAGGAGAUAUAUGCUCUCCGCUUUAUAUUCUCAAUAUUGAAAUUGUAUCUACGAAGCGACGAGUCUCUUACUACCUACUGUGCAGCCUCGGAUACAUUUUGGGCAGUAUAAUAUUACCAUUAACAGCUUGGGCGGUGCCAUACUGGAGGAACUAUCUCCGCGCCAUAUACACACCGGCAUUCCUAUUCUUCUUUUACACGUAUUUAAUAGACGAAAGCCCGCGAUGGCUUCUCAUCAAAGGAAAAAAAGAUAAAGCAAUAACAAUACUGAAGAACGCGGCGAUUAAAAAUAAAAUACAGUUCGGUAAAGGGGUCUUGGAAGAUCUACAUACAGAGGACCAAAAAGGGAUUGGUUUUUUCAAUCUCCUGAGAUUGACGUUCACUUCGCCGACGAUGCUAAGAAGAUGCGUUAUCUGCAUUAUAUGGUGGGGCACAUGCACAUUCGUGAAUUACGGUUUGAUCAUAAACUCUGUCUCAUUAGAAGGAAACAAAUAUGUAAACUUUAUACUGAUGUCGGUAUUAGACAUCCCUGGUAAUUUCGUGAUUAUGUACAUAUUACUGUACUACAAGAGGAAAUAUCCACUUAUUGUGACGUUUUUACUUGGAGGCGUCUUGUGUAUGGUGCAGCCCUUUUUGCCUACAGAUCUUCCAUGGUUAUCGUUGAUAGUGUACAUAACAGGAAAGCUGAUGUCUUCAUUUUACUUCAGUAUCACGUAUAUGUACACCUCAGAGCUGUUCCCGACGUACACCAGGAAUUCUAUGCACGCUCUGUGCUCAUCUUUGGGAAGAAUCGGUUCUAUUAUUGCACCGCAGACCCCUCUGCUGAUGGCAUACUGGCAGGGUCUGCCAUCAAUGAUCUUCGGCAUCUCAGCGGUACUGGCUGGCCUAAUCACAUUUCUAGUCCCGGACACCGCCGACGACUCUCUCCCGGACACAGUAAGACAAGCCGAGGACAUCGGGAAAACAAAGAAUGUUAAAAAUAUUGAGUUUACAUGAACUCAGUAUACAGUAGAAUAAUUAGACAACGAUGACCUAAAAGUGACGGCAUAUCUUAGUCUAUAAUAGCUAACGAUAAAUACAGUCGAAUAAUAUUAACUAAAUGAAAGUCAGUUCUGUACAAAAAGUUUUAAUUUAUUUAUAGAGAGAGAAGCGCUAUGCUAAAUAAAAACAUUAGCGCGGAUCUUCUCAGCGGGUCGCGAUUCUGAUCCGGUUGUAGAUUCAUUCGCGAAGCAAAUUUUUGAUGCAUCGAUUUUUGUUUUCAUUAUUUAAAAUUUAAUGUAAUUUCAUAUUUAAUGUAAUUUCAUAAUUUAAAAACUAUCGUGAAAUAAAUAUUAAGACCCAGUAAUCGAUAAUUUGAUAUUUAAAUAAAGGUUUGAAUAAAAA